AUGGUGGCCAGCCAGUCUGUCGUUGGCCGUGCCAACGCAGAGAAGGCCCAUGGUAUCGUGGGUCUUCUCAAGAACCCUUUCGUUUUCUUGACCUGUUGCUUUGCCUCUCUAGGAUGCAUCAUGUACGGGUACGACCAAGGAGUGAUGGGUCCUAUUCUGGUUAUGGAGAAUUUCCAAAAUCACUUUCCGACAUUUACGGGAUCCACCAUCCAGGGCUGGCUGGUGUCUGCUCUUGAGCUGGGUGCCUGGGCAGGUGCUCUGAUCAAUGGUGUUCUUGCUGACCGCAUCUCACGAAAAUAUGCUAUGAUGAGUGCUGUUUGGAUUUUCACUCUAGGCACUGGCCUGCAGGCCGGUGCUCAGACCCCUGCCUAUUUCUUCGCCGGUCGCGUUAUCGGUGGUGUGGGGAUUGGUAUGUUCAGCAUGGUCAUUCCGCUUUACCAGGCUGAGAUUGCCCCUCCUGAGUUGCGAGGAUCUCUGGUCUCAUUGCAGCAGCUAUCCAUCACUAUCGGCACAGCUAUUGCCUUCUGGCUCGACUAUGGUAUGCAAUACGUUGGCGGGACCACCUGUAACCCCGAAGGAAUUUCGAAUCCCUACCUCACCGACGGCUCCUAUAAUGCUGCCGUGAAUAACGGCCACACCUGCCUUGGACAGAAGACUAUUGCCUGGCGUCUCCCUCUGGCACUGCAAAUUAUACCUGCCUGGAUUCUGUUCUUCGGCAUGUUCUGGUUCCCAUUUUCACCUCGUUGGUUGAUGAUGAAGCACCGCGAGGAAGAUGCUCUCACUUCCCUAUCUAAGCUCCGCCGUCUCCCUGCUGCCGAUCCACUUGUCCGAGCUGAAUUCCUUGAAAUUAAGGCUGCUGUUAUGUUCGACGAAGAGACCGAAAGCGAGGCUAUUGGUGCUGGCGGUGCUUUGGCUCCUUGGAAGGCAUUGUUUGCCCCUAAUAUGAUGAAGCGUCUGUUUCUCGGAUGCGGUACUAUGAUCUGCCAACAGUUCACUGGUAUAAACGCAGUUUUAUACUAUGCGCCGCAGAUCUUCGCGAGCUUCGGUUUUAGCUCCACGAAGCAAACUCUUCUUGCAACAGGUGUGACUGGCAUCCUACAAAUCAUUUUCACCCUACCAGCUGUUCUCUACCUUGACAAGUUUGGCCGGAAGACCUUUUUGAUAGUAGGCGCGAUUGGCAUGUUCCUAUGCCAUAUCGUUGUCGCAACGGUUGAAGGUAUAUUCAAGCCGAAGUGGGACCUGAAUAUGGGGCUCGACCAAGGCCAAGGAUGGGUUGCUAUCGUUUUCAUCUGGCUGUUUGCUGUUAACUUUGCCUACUCUUGGGGUCCCGUGGCGUGGGUCUUGACUCAAGAGAUUUUCCCGAAUAGUCAACGAUCUAAAGGCGUCGCGAUUGUUGCUUCAACUAACUGGCUGUUCAAUUUCAUUAUCGGUUUGACGACCAAGGAUAUGCUGAACACGAUGAAAUACGGCACAUACAUUUUCUUCGCCAUCUUCAGUGGCCUCGGCGGUCUUUUCAUCUGGUGGUUCGCCCCCGAAACCAAGGACAAGACUCUCGAGGAGCUGGAUGUGUUUUUCGGUGGAUCUGAGGCAAGUAUUGCUGAAGCCGAUCGCCUGCGUAUGCAACGCAUCAAUGAGAGCCUUGGCCUCGCUGGUGUGGAGAACGUUGAGGAUUUGAAGGUUGCAGUCACUAGCGAGCAGGUGGAGAUGUGA